AUGGCUUCAUUGCACCCACUUAUAAGAAAUCUUGACAAGCACCAAUUAACUGGACCAAAUUUUAAUGAUUGGCUCUUAAACUUGAAACUGAUUUUGAACUUGGAGAAAAUUACUUAUGUAUUGGAUGCUCCUGUACCCGUGCCUGCUAAUGAUGAUGGAGGGGAAAGUGUUUCUCAAAACAUUACUCAGGAGGAGCAAGAUACUCUUAUCAAGUGGCGAGAUGAUGAUCUCACUGCUAGGAGUUAUAUGCUUGUUUCAAUGAGUAAUGAAUUACAGCGUCAACAUGCGAAUAUGCCUGACGCGUACUCUAUCAUCACAUGCCUACAAGAGUUGUAUGGUGAACAAAGUCGGAGUGCAAGAUAUGAGAUAUCUAAGGCACUAUCUAGGGCAAAGAUGUCUCUGGGAGGAUCAGUGGGAGAACACAUUCUCAAAAUGAUCUCCUUGUUAGAGAAGUUGAAGGGUUUGGGGGAUGAGUUGAAUCCUCACUUCCAAAUUGAUUUGAUCCUUCAGUCUUUUCCAGAUUCAUAUGGAAAUUUCAUAUCGAAUUUCUAUAUGAAUAAAAUAGAGUGUACUCCGGCUGAGUUAAUGAACAUGCUUAUUACGGCACAAAGCAACAUGAAAAUGGGUACUGUGAUGGCUGUUACCUCUUCCAGUAAGACUAGGAAGGGGAAAGGCAAGAAAAAGGCCACACAAGUACCACAGGGGGCCAAGACAAUAAGUAAGAAGAAGGGAAAAGCUAUUGCCAAAGGAAAAUGUUUCCACUGUGGCAAGGACGGGAAUUGGAAGAGGAACUGCAAAGACUACCUCAGUUCCUUGAAGAAGGAAGCGCAAGGAUCUGGAGCAAAGUAG